GAAGGGGGUGAGUUCGAAGCAUCUUACAGUUACUCAACUUCAUUCCUUCUUUUGCUCAGAUCAAAGAAAGUCUAUCUCCUUCUUUCCAUAAGCCACACUCUCUGUAUCUCUCCUCUGCCCUUUUCUUCAUAUGCUCUGUUUCUUGAACACACAGAAAGAAAGACAGAGAGAGAGAGAGAGUUCUUUAAAAAAUAGAAAAAGAAGAACAAGUGAGAACUAAAGGACCUAAUCAGUCUUAGUCUUUGUUUGCUUCUGAUUCGUUCUCACCUUCUUCUCUUCUCUAAAAGAGAAAACUGUUUGGUGACCUGAAACCGUGUCAUAUAUAUCCUCAGAUCUAUAGGCAAAAAUGUCGGAGGGAGUGAGGCACGGAGAAGAGGCGAUAGUGCCAAGCGGAAAUGACAACCAAGGAGUUCAGAUAAACGGAAACAACACCGGAAAAAUCGAUGAGCACGACGGCUCCGGUGGUUCUAAACUAAGUAGUUUCCUCUGGCACGGUGGUUCCGUCUGGGACGCUUGGUUCAGCUGCGCAUCUAACCAGGUGGCGCAAGUGCUUUUGACGCUGCCGUACUCGUUCAGUCAGCUAGGAAUGUUAUCAGGAAUAGUACUUCAGAUCUUCUAUGGUUUACUCGGAAGCUGGACUGCUUACCUCAUCAGUGUUCUCUACGUUGAGUAUCGAGCUCGUAAAGAGAAAGAAGGCAAAAACUUCAAGAGCCAUGUUAUUCAGUGGUUCGAAGUGCUUGAUGGAUUACUCGGGACAUACUGGAAAGCACUAGGUCUCGCAUUUAACUGCACUUUCCUCUUGUUCGGAUCUGUAAUCCAACUCAUUGCUUGUGCCAGUAACAUUUAUUACAUAAACGAUCACUUGGACAAGAGAACAUGGACAUACAUAUUCGGUGCAUGUUGUGCAACUACUGUUUUUAUACCGUCAUUCCAUAAUUACCGGAUUUGGUCAUUCCUCGGCUUGGGUAUGACCACUUACACCGCCUGGUACUUGGCCAUCGCCUCCAUUAUCCACGGCCAGACGGAAGGUGUGAAACACUCAGGUCCAACGAAGCUAGUGCUUUAUUUCACCGGAGCUACCAAUAUACUGUAUACCUUUGGUGGUCACGCGGUUACUGUUGAGAUAAUGCAUGCAAUGUGGAAGCCACAGAAGUUUAAGUACAUUUACUUAAUGGCGACGUUAUACGUUUUCACACUAACGAUUCCAUCAGCUUCCGCCGUUUAUUGGGCCUUCGGAGACGAACUUCUUGACCACUCCAACGCAUUCUCUCUUCUCCCCAAGAACGGGUGGCGUGAUGCCGCCGUUAUCCUCAUGCUCAUCCACCAGUUUAUAACGUUCGGAUUUGCGUGUACCCCGCUUUACUUUGUUUGGGAGAAAGUGAUAGGGAUGCAUGACACAAAGAGCAUUUGCUUGAGGGCUUUAGCUCGUUUGCCUGUGGUUAUACCUAUAUGGUUCUUAGCUAUUAUUUUUCCAUUUUUCGGUCCGAUCAAUUCCGCGGUUGGUGCUCUUCUGGUUAGCUUUACCGUCUAUAUCAUCCCGUCCCUUGCUCACAUGCUCACUUACCGAUCUGCCUCCGCUCGUCAGAAUGCGGCGGAGAAGCCGCCGUUCUUCCUGCCGAGCUGGACUGCGAUGUACGUGUUGAAUGCUUUCGUGGUUAUUUGGGUUCUAAUAGUUGGAUUCGGGUUCGGUGGAUGGGCAAGUGUUACCAACUUUGUUCGUCAAGUCGACACUUUUGGUCUCUUUGCUAAAUGUUACCAAUGUAAACCGCCGGUUCCAGCUGCAGCCGCCGCGCACGCUCCUGUUUCCGCUUUACACCACCACCUUUGAGAGAUCUAGCCUGCAUGGUCUAGCUAGUGCUUUCGUGGAGAUUAUUUGUUCUUCUUUUGCGUUUUGUGUUCUAUACGUGAGGGAGUAGAAGUCACAAAAUAGUGUACCUUUUUUACACCUCCCCUUUGAAUGCGUGUUAAGCUCUUGAUGUUUUUUGGGGGUUUUGUAAUUUUGUUCCUCCUUAGGUCGAUAAUAUGAUAGCGUGUUAUUUCUUAAUUUGGUAUUACUAAGACAAUCGGUGAAAACAAAAGUGUUAUUUCUUAAUUUGGUAUUACUAAAACAAUCGGUGAAAAAGUGUAUGUGUUCUGUUC